CCGGCCCGGCCCGGCCCGGCCCCGCGUUAGGCGGCCCCGCCGCCGGGAGUCACGGGGCGGCCGCUGCCAUGGAGCUGCCAGCCGUCAACCUCAAGGCCAUCAUUCUGGUACACUGGCUGCUCACAGUGUGGGGAUGCAUGAGUCAUGUGCUUCCAGCCUCCUAUGCCUGGGGAAACUUCAGUGUCCUUGCAGUGGGGAUCUGGGCCAUUGUGCAGCGAGAUUCCCUUGAUGCCAUCAUAGUGUUCCUGACUGGCUUGCAGCUCACAGUCCUCACAGACAUCAUUCACAUCUCUGUCUUCUACCACCCAGCCAGCCAUCUGGGUGCUGUUAACCGUUUCAGUAUAGGCAUGGCCAUCUUCAGCCUCCUGCUCAAACCCGUGUCCUGCUACUUGGUGUAUCGGAUGUAUCAGGAGCGUGGAGGAGAGUACACCUUUAACAUAGGUGUCAUCCGUGCAGGCCGGGACCGCGGCACCUAUGAGCCAAUUGAUCAGCAGGAAGCCCCUGCACAGUGGCCUGACUCAAGCAAGACAGCCCAGCAGCCCUACUGAGGCCCUCUGCAGCAGAGAACAGAUGCUUCCCUCGCCCAGUCUGCCUUUCUGCUCUUCCCAUGUCUGUCCUGAUGGAGCAAAACCUGCUACUGAGCAAAUGAGUGGAUCUGAUUGCUCAUUUCUUUUGCCUCCCUGAAGGUUAGACAGAUGAGUUCCUGCAGUAUAAGUCCAGAAGACCUUGAAGAUGUUACAUUAAGCACUGUGACUCUUUGUAAUCCCUUUCCUCCCUCUUCCUAAGUGUCUCCUCUGUGUAUAUGAGUGGAUGCACCUCCUGCAGUCUGCCAAGACUUAUAGUGUGCAUCCUCUGUUUUGUAAGUAAGGGAACCACUGAAUUUAUUCCUGGACAAGCUUUAAAAGGCUUAGGAACUGCUCUUAAACAAUCCAGUUUCGCCUGCUUUUCUGCAGAUACGUUUCCAUGAAACAUCUGGGAGUUCCUGAGGGCUGUUGUUGAUGGUGUUAUUUAACUAAGAUUUGUGACCAUAACUCCCUAUGCUAGCUGUGGUGGUUUGCACAGAGCUGGGGUGGGUAUAAAAUGCUCUUACCAGGCCAGGAAACUGCUUGUGAUCCCAGUAUCUAGUCUUGGGUUUUAUUCAUUGAUGCCUUUAUGCAGAUUGAAUGACCUUCAGGGCUCACACAAUGGCUGCUGAAUGUGGGUCAUAGAUACUCUGUGCCUUGAAAUGUCCUUUUGCCUUCAGCUGCCUGUCUUAACAGAACUUGAAAUGUCACAAUUUUCUAAGAGAACUAUUAAAUGAACACAGUUUUUCUGUGCUGGAAAAAUU